GGUUCACAUCCCGCCUCUGCUGCUCCAGACCUACAGACACACCGGCGGGCGGUGACGCAGCGACUGCGGAGAGUGUCAGGUGUCUGACGGUUUCACUCAGAGAGUGAGUCAACGGAAGUCCGCACAGGCUCUGUUCCUGUGAACAUGGAGUGACUGGACAAACAAGGUGGAUCCAGAGCUAAUUAUCAAGGUACUCUGCCGGCAACGAUGGAGAGUGGUCCAUUCAAUCGUCGCGGAUGGGCGACGCAGUCUCUGCGUAUCACCGCCAAGGAGCUGUCGUUGGUUAGCACUCGAGGAAAAAACACUGCCAUCGCUGAGCGUUUCUCCAAGUACCAAAGAGCUGCUGAGGAGUCGAGUGCAGAGAAGAAAAAAGGAGCUUUGGACGGUGCAACAUCAUCCCUGCGGUCUGGCAACCUGAGCGCUCUGAAGAAACGCUGGGAGCAAGCACAGAAGCCUGAUGACAGCAAUUCUUCUUCUGCUCCACUUGAAAGGCAACCCAGCUUCCGCAGUAGACCCCCAGUCCUCACCAGACUUCCCUCCAUCGGUGAGAGCACGGCUUCGGUGAAGAACCCGGGUCUGAAGACAGCUCAAGGAGGCCCAACUGCUGUGGUCCGUGCCCAGACGUUCUCAGCUGCUCCUGAAGAACCCACCCCUGACGAAGAGAGAGCGAUGAACAGGAUUGAGGCGACACACAGACAAAAACCCGAAAUGCUGGAAGACCAAGUUCCAACCAGCCCCCGUGCCUUUUAUGAAAAACCUCGAGUGCCACUGACCAACCUGAAGAUGAGGUUUGAAAAGGGAGAGGACGCCACGGGCAAGAUCGGCAGGACCACACUACGAAGUUCGUCAUCGGACGACACGGAUCAUCGAAGCGGCCCGACUGUUUCUGACCGAGUGUUAGAGUCGACGUCUCUGAGGGAGAAGAUGGCGAAGUACCAGGCAGCUGUUUCCAAACAUGGCCCUGCACAAACCGGCGUGGCCGCCGAGACGCCGGCUCCAAAAUCACCUGAAUGCAAUGGUGAGACCAGUGAACCAUUAAAGACAACCAAGAAGUUCAGCCCACCAGUGCGGGAGACGUGCUUCGCCUGUUCGAAGACGGUGUAUCCUCUGGAGAAACUGGUGGCUCAGCAGCACGUCUACCACAAAAGCUGCUUCAAAUGUGAUUACUGCAGCAUGAAGCUGAGUCUCGGGAAUUUUUCCUCUCUUCACGGAAACAUCUACUGCAAACCCCACUACAAUCAGCUGUUCAAAACCAAAGGAAACUAUGACGAGGGCUUCGGCCACCGCCCUCACAAGGAAUUGUGGGAACCUCGAGUGGAGGGAGAAGAAUACGGUGAGGAACCAGUGAAGACCAAAGAACCAGAGCAGCCAGAACGGGCCACGUGUCCAACUGAGGGUGGGUCAGACCCACAGGCCGCCCCCGCUGUGGAAACGUCCUCACAGCUGAAGGUCACAGACGUGAGGGCCCUGCUGGAGACGCGUGCUCAGACACCGUCCAGCUCCACCGAGAAACCGGCAGAGACCCGCAAGCUGAGGAUCGCCUGGCCUCCGCCGGCCGGUGAAGGUCAGUCUGGACCAGGACCACUCAGUCCACUGGCAGAGGACAUGCCCUCAAUCCGACCCGGCCGAGCAAAGUGGCCACCAGAUGAUGAGGCGCUGUCGUCCUUCCAGAGCUUGGAGCGGGCUGAACUGAAGAGCCUGAGGAGGAGCUCCUCUCUGAAGGAGCGCAGUCGGCCUUUCACUAUCGCGGUCAAACCCGCACCUGCGCCGACUCUGGGGCCAAGGGAGCGCCGUCGCCCACUCAAGUCCCUCCUGGAUUGGAGAGCUUCAUUUGAGGAGAGACAUCCGUCUGAUGACUCGGCCAAAGAAAAUAAAGCAGAGCAGCAGGAGGAGAACAAGAAGCCUGCGAGGUCCGGUGGAGACGCAGCAGAGGAGCAGGAAGAAAACCACGAGCAAGGCAACAAAGAAAAGGAUUCAGCAGCAGUGAGGAACAUCUCCACAGACGUCGCACCCUUGUCCUCCUCCUCCUCCUCCUCCUCUCCUCCUCCACAGCCUAAAGAAAACCGCUCCUCCCAGGAUGUGGGCUUCUGGGAAGAGGAGAAAGAAGGAAGUGAUGCAGAGGAGCCCAGUGCAGAGGAUAUGAUUAAGAGGAACCGCUACUAUGAUCUGGAAGACUCUGAUUCUUAGGAACACACACACACACACACGCACACAUACACUGACCAUGGUUGGCUGUAGUUAAAUUUAAACGUUUAAUCGGGUGAAUAACCUGGGCCUUUAUUAUCGUAAAUAUAAAUGUUAUUUUACAUUCCAAAUAUAUUCUGUAGUUGUUCUCAAACUUUUCCAUACACACAAAAAUAUUUAAAAUAAAAUUAGAACCAGUGACCAAAAUUAAAAUGCAGCAGCACGAGCUCAGUGUGUUAAUUCCGUAAACACAGAAUUUGUAGAAAAUAAUUUAUUCCUAAUAAAAUCAUUGGCCCGUUUAACAAAAACCCUGGCACUGAAAUGUAAUUUUGAAACCACACACACACACACAGCCUGACAUUGUAUUUUACAAGUUUCAGUCUCAGAAACUGAAAUUCCCCCCUUGUACCGAUAGAAGGAGCCCAAGUACAAGUGGCACAUAUACCAAAGCAACAGUUUUUUUCAUGUAUCCCUGAGUUUGUUGGUCACACAGUGAGUUUACAACACAAAAUAGCGCCCCCUACACACACAGGACAGUCACCAGUUUGGACCAAGUCUCUCGUUUGAUUUUUUUUCUACAAAAAUUAUAAUAAAUCUGAAACUAAAUAAACAGACAACAACCUCUG